AUGGACACGUUGACAGUGACGCCCAUCGAGGAUGACGAUAAUUUGCUAAACACCAUCGACUCGCACAUCAAAUUGAGGAAGCUUAAAGAACACCUUGAGGUCCGCGAAGCGGACGCAUCAAAGCAGGUAGGUGCAAACGUAAGAGAAGGAGGAAACAAGAAUCGCAGCAGCCUAUAUUACUCCGACAGUAACAGCGACACUGCUACCGGGAAGACGAGGAUAAAGGCCCGCGCUCGAUUAAUUGAAAGACAGAGGUUAGAAUCAGAAGCGCAGCUCAGGAAAGCAAGCGAAGAAGAAGAGUUAGCUAAAACCAAAAAAGAGAAGAGGGAGAAAGAAGCCCGGGAGCGCGAGGCUGGGUCAGAUGGCCCGCUAGACAGCGACGACUACCGCUCAGACAGCAGCCCGGACAUUGACCCUGAGGAUGACUCGGAGGACGAGGAGGCAACGACAGCAAAGGACCUUGCCAGAGAACAAAAGGAAAGGCUCAAAGCCUUAUUGAACGCCAAAAUGAGGGACAGUCUCUCCGCGAGAGUAGGGACGGCAAUGGAACACUGCACUCUGGAAGAGUAG